UAGUGUAUUAAUGAUAUGGGCUCAAUUGAAAUAUUCAAUGUAUACGUUUAAAAGGGAGCUGUAUAGCUACUGCAAUACAACUGCGACAAUAAAACAAUGUGUAUGCGGGUUUAAAAACGAGAGAAAAAACUAUUACAAUAGUGGGGAGAAAAGAAUUUGGAAAAUCAGACCGACUAGGAAGGGAAGUAAAUCAUGUAAAAAGAAAAAACUCAAAAUGUGUACACCAUCCAUUAUGUGGUACAAGUAGGAUUGGUUUCUGGAAAGUUGCUGCAAAAUAGUUGAAAUGCUGUGUUUAGAACUUGGCUUCUCGGUUGGCAGUGAUACCAGGUUUAGUAAGGAUGUGUAGUAGUACCUCUUGUAAACACGUGGUUUGAAGCCCACUAUAAUAAUUCAUGAUGAAUGACAUUUACUGUAAGUUAAGCAGAGGGCAGCUAUCAGAUUGUUGCCAAUAUACUAUAACGAAUAAUGAAUGUAUUGCUCACAUAUUAAAAGGAUGCUGCCUGUCUGGUCCUUUCAAAGGGCAGCGCCACCCAAUGUUUAUCUCGAUUAAACUCCAUUCGUAUGCAGAUCUGUGGCCAGCAAAGCUUUCGUUUCAAAGGAAACUUCAAAAGAAUUUCAGAUCCAGGCCACUUGGAUUGCAACUGUCUUUGCACCUCGAAAUCUUUUGUUUAACACAAUUUUGACGGUCUUAAAUGUGUAUGUUAAUGCGAGGCAGGGCUGCCGGGGGUAAGACCGCUAAGUAACUCCAGGAAGAGAAAGAAAGAAAACAAGACAUUUUAAAAUACUUUUACUUUUGGAAUGUGUUACUGAAUACUUGGCAGAUAUUUUGGGAUUAGCAAUAGUGAUUUUUCCCCCUGCAGGUACCAUAAAGUAUUUGGAAAUGGGUUAUCGUUUAAAAUAUUAGUUUGUUUUAAUUCUAGUCUUAUUUUAAACAGAUUUAAUGCAUCGUAUUUUUGCAAGUUAAAAUUAACAGCCCUGCAACGUUUUUUAAUGCAGUUCCUUGCGGUAGUAAAGACAUUCUAUAUGUGACAGGCUACUACAAAGUUAAUGCGUCCAAAAUAUAUAUUUUUUACAUAGACAAGGCCUCGUAAAUGCUGUCAUAGAUUAUCUUCUAGAAGAAAAGGGGGGCUAACACCGUUCAGUAUCUAAGUGCAGUGUGUUAAGGUGAAUUGGGCCCACAUUACGUAUUCAGGAAGUCUUUGAAUUCAAAACGUUUGUAGGAAUUAGUUAUGUUUACCAAGUGGAUUGGCAUCUUCUAAGCGAGUCUAGACUCACAUGUUGAUUUCAGGAUCACUGUAGGAAUCGAGGUGUAAAGUGACAGUGAUCUAGGCAUUAGUACGAGCCGGUGCAUUGAUGUUGUGAUCUGGGGAGCGUUCACCUGAGAAUCGCCCCUUUCCAUUCAGGGGGCGUGGCUAGGGGACGAGGUGUAUAAAGAGAGGGCAGAGGCCAGUAAAUUCACUAAUUCGGAGCGACCCUUUAGAGCAGUUACGUGGGAAGAGAAGAAAAAAAAAAACAAUUCCGCAGCACCGAAUUUCUGCUGGAUUCUACAAUUUGGAAGAUUUUUUUUUUGUUUUUGGGGGGGGAAUUGAGUUGGAUUAUUGAGGUAACAAGGAUUACAAGAAAGAAAGCAGCAUAUUCAUUUUGAUCGCGUAAUACACACACAUUAUUUUUAGGUGUUUGGAAUUAUUUUUGAGAGACAGCAGAUCUUCAACAUACAUUUACUCCUAUCUCCCAAAAAAAAUGGAAAUGAGAAAUCUCAUCGUCGUGCUAACAGUCCUUCUCAACUCGGAAUACUGUGGCGCUAUACACUGGCUCGGUCUUACAGUGAACGGCAGCUCCGUGGGUUGGAACCAGACCCAUCACUGUAAGCUGUUGGACGGGCUUGUCCCGGAUCAAUUGCAGCUCUGCAGGAGGAACCUGGAGCUGAUGCAGAGUAUUGUCCACGCCGCCAAACAGACCAAGCUGGCGUGCCAGAAAACCUUCUCCGAUAUGAGGUGGAACUGCUCUUCCAUCGUGCAGGCUCCCUACUUCACCCCCGACCUGGAGAAAGGUACUAGAGAGUCUGCGGUGGUCUUCGCUCUCGCCUCUGCAGCAGUGAGUCACUCCAUCUCCAGAGCCUGCGCGUCGGGAGAGCUGCCGAGCUGCUCCUGCGGGCCCGCUCCUGCGGAACAGGCCGGGCCCGACUUCAGGUGGGGCGGCUGCGGGGACAACCUCCGCUACGGUCUGCAGAUGGGGUCGGCUUUCUCCGAUGCGCCCAUGAAAAAGAGCCGGUCAGGCUCGCAGGCUACAAAACUAAUGCACCUGCACAACAACGCUGUUGGUAGACAGGUUCUGAUUGAUUCUAUGGAAACCAAAUGCAAAUGCCAUGGCGUGUCCGGCUCCUGCUCCGUGAAAACCUGCUGGAAGGGCCUGCAGGAUCUCAGUGAUGUCGCUGCAGACCUCAAGUCCAAAUACCUGGCAGCCACCAAAGUGAUCCACCGCCACGUUGGGACCAGGAAGCAGCUGGUCCCACGGGAGCUGGACAUCAGGCCCGUGAGAGAGAGCGAGCUUGUGUACCUGGUCAGCUCCCCAGAUUACUGCAACGAGAACGACAAGCAGGGCUCAUACGGGACACAGGACAGGCAGUGCAACAAGACGUCCAAUGGCAGCGACAGCUGUAAUCUGAUGUGCUGCGGCCGAGGAUACAACGCUUACACAGAGAAAAUUGUGGAGCGCUGCCAGUGCAAGUACCACUGGUGCUGCUACGUCACCUGCAAGAAGUGUGAGAGGACCGUGGAGAGAUACGUGUGCAAAUAACAGGGACGCUGUCACGAGACCGUGAAGGAAAAGCAGUAUACGCAGAUAUACUAAAGACUUGUAUAGAUGGAAGGUUGUGUCAGCGCUACGGCUUCUGAAGCAUUUAUUGAACGCUAAUAGUCAACACUGGUGCUGCGUCGUCCACAUCGUGCCAAAAAUACAAUGGAAGGAAGGCUGGUGAAAGAGGACUGGCAAAGAGGUGACACAGAGGAGCAGCUUUAUUAGACCCUGUUCUGGGAUCAAUAACCAUCUCUUGUGGUUGAUCAGUGUUUCGCGGCCGUUCCACCUGGACAGAUCUAUGUCUUGGUUCAGUCGAGACUUUGUCUUGAACGAGAAGACCGAUACGGGUCAAAGGCUGGACAUGAUCGAUUGGGAGCAGUAGAAGGGCUGGCUGUCUCGCUACAGGAGUAAGAAAGCCCCUCUUGGAAUGGUGAAAGGGACUGAAUGGAAACCAUGAACUGAAUUACAAAAAGACUCCAAACGCCACCCCUCCUCCCCUCCCAGGUGCCUAUAACUGUGCAAGCUUUGGGGAUUGAUUUAUUUUUUUUUUAACUGAAUGAAGAGGUUUUAAGCAUCAUUACACCAAUUGUGCAAUUGUUACUCUAACUAAACAUUUAAGAGAUAAACUAACCCUAAUGGAGAUCCAUGUCUCUGUUUACUGGGCAGUGCAUCCAUCUUAAAGUGACCAUAGAUAAGGGAAAGAAAUGUGCUAUUGUAUAACUUUAGUACUGUCUUGUAACUGUGUAUUGUCUUGUAAAUCAGAUCCGAUAGUAAAAAAAAAAAAAAAAACCUGGAGUUUGAAACAAAGUUGUCGUUUUCUAUUUAUUUUCUAAUAAUACUUGUUUUGUAAAAUCUUGUUAUUUGCAAAGAGGGGUGUUUUUCUUUUACAAAUCCAGGUUUUUAUUGCUUUAUUCUCCCUCUGGAUCAAAUUACAAGAUUGUUAUGCGAGAUAUGGAAUCUAAUACUGAAUGCUUCAUGUGUUCCGCUUAGUUAUCAAC